AUGUCGACGCUCGACCAGAUCGUAAAGGGGGCGCCGGCGUCCAACACGUCUGUCGACGCCGUAGCAGCCUCAGCCUACGCACACCCCCCACCGCACACGGCUACCCUCCACCAUCCUCUCCCCCACCACGUCAUCGACGUCAAGAGCAAGACGCCGCGCGCGCCCACCCUCAGCCUCAGCGACCCCACGUCCCUGCUGCCGAGCUCGCCGCCGCAGAUCUACCUCAACCUCCUCAUCCUCGAGGCCAGCCUGCGCAGCCAGUACCUCACCCUGCGCGCCCGCCGGCGGCAGAACACGUUCGUCCUGACCCUGCUGGCGCUGUGGAUCGCCUUCUUCUUCUACCUGCUCUGGCUGCGCCCGCGCGAAGACGGCAAGGGCAUAGGCGGCUCCCAGUACUGGCUGCUCGACAUGCUGCAGAAGGUCGGCUUCAUCACCGGCGUCGUCACCGCCCUGCUCUUCUGGGCCACGGGGCAGUGGGAGCGCGGCGUGCGCUGGCCUCGGCGCUGGAUCGGCGUUGCGAACCGCGGGCUCCGCGGCAUGAACGCCAAGAUCGUCGUCAUCCGCGGUCCGUGGUGGCACGAGCUGGUGGAAUGGGCGCGCUUCAUCGUGCCCUUCUCCGGCGGCCUGUGGGGCGGCGAGCAGGGCGGGAGCUCGUACCACUUCAUCAACGUCGUGCAGGAGAAGAGCCACGCCCUCGAUACCGGCCGUCCUCGACAACGCAUCGUCGAGGACGGCAAAGAGUACGCCGAGGAAGACAUUGCCCCGGGCGGCGACCACAUCAAGCUGCUCCUCCUCCCGAAGCCCUUCACCCCCGACUUCCGCCAGAACUGGGAAAUGUACCGCACAGAGUACUGGGAGCGCGAGAACGAGCGCCGCCAGGAGCUCCGGAAGCGCGUGCGCGCCCGCCAACGCGAGAUUGCGCGCGAGGAAGGCGGACUCCUGUGGUGGACGGGCUGGCGGGGCUGGAAGCGCGCGAGAGGCUUCCCCAGCCGGUCUUCAGACGUGGAGAAGAGCGGACACGCACACACGCAUUCACACAGUCUCAGCGCGAGCAACUCGCGCCGCCGCCGACCCAGCACGUUGCAGCAUGGAAGAGACGGAAGCCACUCGCGCAGUUCCUCGCGCAGCACCACCCCGGGACCAGACGAUGACCGUUUCCGCCCGCUCGAAACCCGCGAGAGACGGUGGAGCACCAGCACAGCGGGCAGCACGCGCUCAGCCUCCAACGCACGCAGCAAAACCAUCACACAAGGCAACGCGGCAUCGGCGCGGCAGCCCCAGGUGCGGCCGGGGCUGCCAGCCAACGGCGGUAGCGGUGGUAGGCCGGGCACGCGAACGAGCAUGCUCAGCAACGCCUCGAGCCUGAGCGAGCUAGACGACGGCGGCUACGAGGCUACCAAUGAAAGCAAGCCACGGCCGCAGAUCAGGCGGAAAGGGAGUCGAGAGAGCGGGAGCGGGAGUGGGAAGGAAGCCGCGAGCGCGUAG